CAGGCCACUGUGAGCUGGGCCUGCCACCUAGUGGCCACACUCUGCCUCCACCAGGUCUCGCUGCGGGUCUGGGGUGGGCAAGGCCUGUGCUCUGGUGGGCAUGAGUAGGAAUUUGGCAUGAACAGGCGGGACGGGCCUUGUCUCUUGCUAACUGAGGCAGCCCUGGAGGGGCCUGGCCGGGCUAGAACCCAGUUGCCAUCUCAGGCCACUCAGUAAGGCGUCAUUGACCAGAAAGGACGUUCCGCAGGCCUGUGGGCCCAUCUUCCUGCCCCGGAAGAUUCCCUGCUCUGCACACACAUCCUCCAGUCUCAGGGUCACUGAAGUUGGCUCACGCCCCACUCCUGGUUGCCUGAGAUCUGGGCACUGGGCCACUUCUCACCCUCCAGCCAGAGUUAAACAUUAGUGGGAGGCUGUCUGCCCGUCUCGGGGGAGGGCAGGGGAAUCACACUCACCAGUCUCCCGUGUGGAGCACCAGUUCCUGCCCGAGCCCAGACAAUGCCUGUGGAGGAGUUCAUGGCUGGCUGGAUCUCUGGAGCUCUGGGCCUGGUCCUGGGACAUCCCUUUGACACUGUGAAGGUGCGACUUCAGACCCAGACCAGCUACCGGGGCAUCAUGGACUGUAUGGUCAAGAUUUACCGCCAUGAGUCGCUCCUGGGCUUCUUCAAGGGAAUGAGCUUCCCCAUUGCCAGCAUACCUGUGGUCAACUCUGUCCUGUUCGGGGUCUACAGCAACACCCUGCUGGCACUCACAGCCACCUCCCACCAGGAGCGGCGGGCCCAGCCCCCCAGCUACACACAUGUCUUCAUAGCAGGCUGCACUGGUGGUGUCCUGCAGUCCUACUGCCUGGCCCCAUUUGACCUCAUCAAAGUCCGACUACAAAACCAGACGGAGUCAAGGGUGCAGCCAGGGAGCCCUCGACCCCGGUACCAGGGGCCCGUGCACUGCGUAGCCACCAUCUUCCGGGAAGAGGGUCCACGGGGACUGUUCCGAGGAGCCUGGGCCCUAAUGCUGAGGGACACCCCCACGUUGGGAAUCUACUUUGUCACCUAUGAAGGGCUCUGUCGCCAGUACACUCCAGAUGGCCAGACCCCUAGCUCAGCCACAGUGUUAGUGGCCGGGGGCUUUGCAGGCAUUGCCUCCUGGGUGACAGCCACGCCCUUAGACGUGAUCAAGUCCCGGAUGCAGAUGGAUGGCCUGGGACGCAGAGCCUACCAGGGAUUGCUGGACUGCAUGGUGAGCAGCUUCCGGCAGGAGGGACUGGGGGUCUUCUUCCGGGGGCUUACCAUCAACAGUGCCCGUGCCUUUCCGGUCAACGCUGUCACCUUCCUCAGCUAUGAGUAUUUCCUGCACUCAAGGGGAUGAGCCUGGCGGGCACUGCCAGCAGCUCCCCCACAGGACCCUGAGGGCAAGUCGGGAAGCCAAGCUGAGAGCACCCAGCUUGAACUCAAAUGCAAGGGGCUUGGCCUCUCCGAGGCCCGGCACCUCCAACCACCCAGACCGGGCUGCAGGACACCUGAGCAGAAAGCCAUUGAUCCUGGCUUCUACCCAGCAGCACUCACCUGGACCCCUUUUCUUCCCUGAACCAGGAAGCACAAGUGGUGCUGGUGACAGCCCAGCCCUAGUUCUGCCAGGUCCCCUCUUUUUUUUUUUUUGGUAUGAGGUAUUAAACCCAAGGGCGUUUAAUACCUCAGCCACAUCCCAGCCCUUUUUAUUUUUCAUUUUGAGACAGGGUCUCAG